AUGUGGCGGGAUCACAAGCUAAAAGCAAGCAGGACCACAACUCCACAACCCAACAACACAACAACCAAGGACCACAACCCCACAACCCAACAACACAACAACCAAGGACAACAACCCCACAACUCAACAAAAACAAACAAGGACUACAACCACAACUCAACAACACAACAGGCAAACAAGGAUUACAGCCACAACAAACAACCAAGGACUGCAGUCACAACAACAACUACAACCAAACCAAGGACAACAACGCCCACAACUCAACAAAAACAACAAGGACUAACAACGCAACAAACUUCAACAACACAACAAGGCCAAACCAAAGAUUACAGCCAACAAAACAAACAACCAAGGACUGCAGUCACAACAACACCAACACCAAGAACCCACAACAGCUCACCAACAACCCCACUCCACAAUGCCAAACCAACAAUCUCACAAGCCCACACCCAACCACUCACAACAACACCAAACCACAACAGCUCCCCAACAACAACCCUUUACUAUAACAACUUACAACUCAACAGAAACUCAUGA